CAGGCCCGCCUAUCCUCGGGUUGGCCGUUGGCUGCCUCCAACAAAACAGAAUAAAACCAGAAGUUGAGCACAAGACCUCAAAGAAAGUGUACAGGUCUCACCUCAGCCUCUGACUUCAUUCGUUACUCGUUUCACUUCUUGAUCUUGACUACUUUGUAUUCGAAGUUCACAGGCAUAUGCUUACGAUUUUCUCAGUCAAAGCAAGUCAAGCUGCAAGACGACUAAUCCAAACUUUCAACCAUUUUCAGGUACCUCAACGAGCAAAGAUGGCGACUCUCGGCGCACCCACGAAGAAGCAUAAGGUGACGAUCAUUGGAUCAGGUAACUGGGGUUCUACCAUUGCGAAAAUCGUGGCAGAAAACACCAAGGAGCAUCCCGAGCUGUUCCAGGAGGAGGUACAGAUGUGGGUUUACGAAGAGGAUGUUAUGGUACCAAAAGACUCGAAGCAUUACGAUUCCUCGAAAGGAGAAUCGCCUCAGAAGCUCACUUCUAUAAUCAAUACCUACCACGAAAAUGUCAAGUACCUGCCCAACAUCGCUCUCCCCAAGAACAUAGUCGCCAAUCCCUCUGUCGUCGAUGCUGCAAAAGGCUCCUCGAUUCUCGUCUUCAAUCUCCCCCAUCAGUUCAUUGGCAGAAUCUCCAAGCAACUGGAAGGCAACAUCCUCCCAUACGCCCGUGGUAUCUCUUGCAUAAAAGGUGUGAACGUAACCGAAUCUGAAAUAAGCUUGUUCUCAGAAUGGAUCGGCGAAGGAUUGGGAAUAUACUGCGGCGCUCUAUCUGGCGCAAAUAUCGCAAAUGAAAUUGCCCAAGAAAAAUGGUGCGAGACCACAAUUGCCUACGACCCUCCUCCCAUCGAUUCCCGAGUCGCCACUCCGACAGGCCCCUCCCCUUCUGCGUCGAGAGUAAAUCUCACAAUCACGCCCGCAGAUGAGGAGCACAGAGAUGUGUUGGGAAGAAUAAGCAAGACGAAAUUAAAGGCAUUACCAUCAGAAUACCCUCCUCUCGACCACGCCACGUUCAAGACUCUCUUCUACAGACCCUAUUUCCACGUCCGCAUGGUCUCCGACGUAGCAGGCGUCUCCCUCGGCGGCGCACUAAAGAACAUCGUCGCCCUCGCCGCCGGAUUCGUCGACGGUCGCGGCUGGGGCGACAACGCUAAAGCAGCCGUGAUGCGCGUGGGACUUCUCGAAAUGGUUAAAUUCGGCAAGGAAUUCUUCGGCCAAACGGUGCACACGGGAACGUUUACGGAAGAGAGUUGUGGAGUGGCGGAUCUUAUCACGAGUUGUUCUGGCGGACGAAAUUUCAGGUGUGCGAAGAUGGCGGUUGAGAGGGGGGUGUCGGUUGAUGAGGUCGAGGCGAAGGAGUUGAAUGGGCAGAAGUUGCAGGGUACUAGUACGGCGAAGGAGGUUAAUAGCUUUUUGAAGGCGAGAGGGUUGGAGGCCGAGUAUCCGUUGUUUACUGCUGUGCUGGACAUUCUCGAAGGGCGGAACACAGUGGAUGAUAUCCCUGCAUUACUUGCACGAGCUGAUGAUGACUGAUUUGGGUUUUGCAUGCAUUUUGGCACUGGCUGGGCUGGGACUCUGUAUACACACUUUAGAGCAUAUAGCAGGCAAGCUGCACAUUUCGCUGCCCUUUCACCUGAUAAUCAUUGACUUGAAAAUGAAGUUCGUGGUCGUCACAUUGUUCGAGCCGCAGUCAGCACUUUUGCCCUAUCCAAAGUCCUAUUUCUCCUUCCCAACUACAACCUUCCUCCCACGCACCAACCUCUCAGGAGUAUACUCGACAUACCAACUCUUCAACCCCACCAGCCAGCCUACAACUACCGCCAUCCAAAGCACGGAAUGUGUAACUACCCAUUCAAACACAUCGUUCACCCCAAGCUUUCCGACAAUUGGGAUGUCAGGGAAUGACAAUAAGACGGGCCAAUUGUCCAACCCCCAAAAAAUCACGAAUAGCUGCCACGUUAACCACCAUUCCCUCGGCGGCUUGCCUUCCCCUCCUAUUUCUUUUUCUAUUACUG